AUGUAUAAUUACGUGGUCACCGCUCAUAAACCUAGUACGGUUGUCUCUUCUGUGAGGGCAAGCUUUUCUGCACACGAUGAGACAAAUUUGAUUCUAAACAAGACAACACGUUUAGAAUUCUAUACUCUUGUGCCAAAUGGUUUAAAGUUAUUUAUGGAUUUACCCGUUUAUGCCAGAAUUUCCGCCAUGGAAGGACGUACAACGGAUCUUCUUUUUGUCGCAACUGCUCGAUAUCAAUAUUUCGUUCUUUCAUAUGAUGUUGAAAAUCAAAAAUUAAUUACUGAAGCGACGGGAAAUUUUGUGAAUCGAGUCGGAAAACCUGCAGAAUUAGGACCACUUUCUGCAAUAGAUCCUAAUUGUAAAAUGAUUGGAUUGUAUGCGUAUCAUGGUCUAUUGACCGUAAUGCCAAUGAUAACAAGUUCUGGGAAACAAAAACAGCAAUUAAAUAAAAGUUCUCAGCAAAUCCGAAGAGAUGCAAGAAAUAAUCAACCUAUCGGAACCAUUCAAAAACCAUUUAAUUUAAGAUUAAAGGAAUUGUUGAUUCGAUCAAUGGUUUUAUUACAUAAUACAGAUUUACCUACAAUUGCUAUUUUAUAUGAAGAUUCGAAAGAACGAUGUCAUAUCAAAACUUAUACAAUAAAUCUUAAAGAAAAAGAAUUUGUAGAAGGUCCCUGGAAACUGAAUGAUAUUGAUGAUACUUCAAAUUUAUUAGUUUCUGUUCCUAAAGGUGGAUUUUUGAUCGUACAAUCAAAAACUAUUGUAUAUUAUGAUGGUAAUUUUAAGGCACGGCAAAUUGAUUUGGAGUUCCCAACUGCGGCAAGAGGUUAUGUUUUUGUUGGGUCCCAUUUUGGCGAUUCACAAUUAAUAAGAUUACGACAAGAUAAGAACGAACAAGGUUUUUUAUUGGAUAUACUUGAAAAAUUUAUCAAUUUGUCACCAAUACAAGAUUUUUGUAUAGUAAAUUUGGAACGACAGGGACAGGGUCAAGUUAUUACUUGUUCAGGUGGUUCAAGAGAUGGAUCGUUACGAAUUAUUCGUAAUGGCGUUGGUAUUACGGUUCAAGCAACGCUGGAUAUGUCUGGAAUAAAUGGUAUUUGGUCUUUACGUCCACAUUUUGACGCAGAUUACGAUGAUAUGAUGGUUAUCUCCUUUAUUGGAGAAACGCGUAUUUUAAAAUUGUCACAAGGUGAAGAAUUGGAAGAAGUAAACCAAUAUUGCGGCUUCGAUAUGAGUCGAUCCACUAUAGCGACAUCCAAUAUAAUUGGAAAUUUACUCGCACAGGUUACUGAAACUAGUGUAAGAUUGGUUGAUUUAAAUAAUCAGAGAGUCACUUCAGAGUGGAAUCCUCCGGCACUUAGUAAGAUAACUGUUGCUGACAUAAAUCCUACUCAAGUAGUUGUAGCACUUGGAGGUGGUAGCUUAAUUUAUUUUGAGAUAAAAGGUUUAGAGCUAGUAGAAAUAAAAUCAACGAAAUUAGAAUACGAAGUUUCGUGUGUUAAUAUUAGUCCACUAGAUAUAAAUAAUCCUAUAAAUUCCACGGUAGUUGCCGUGGGUCUCUGGACUAUAAUUGGAGUACAAAUAUUGAGGUUGCCUACUUUAGAAAUAAUAGCAAGUCAACCUCUUGAAGGAACAGCGAUUACGCGUUCUGUAUUGUUAACAACUUUCGAAUAUAACCAUUAUCUAAUAGCAGCUUUAGGUGAUGGGCAAUUGUUCCAUUUCAUUUUCACUCCAGAAACGGGUCGGUUAUCAGAGAAGAAACAACUUUCUCUUGGUACACAGCCCAUAAUGUUAACUUCAUUCACAUCCAAUGGAAUGAAUCACGUUUUCGCUGCUUCGGAUAGACCAACAGUAAUUUAUAGCAGCAACAAAAAAUUGCUUUAUUCUAAUGUUAAUACCAAGGAUGUCACAUAUAUGUGUCCUUUCCGACCCACACCUAUGGCAACAUCGUUAGUUAUCACGCAUGAGGAAGGUUUAACUAUUGGCAGUAUUGAUGAAAUACAAAAACUUCAUAUUAGGACAAUACCCCUUAAUGAAAUGCCACGUCGUAUAUUUCAUCAGGAAUAUAGUAAUACUAUUGGAAUUUUAACAACGAGACCAGUACCUGAUCCUGAAACUGGUAUACAGGAACAUUUAUCGUUUUUCAAGGUUUUAGACGACCAGUCAUUUGAAUUUUAUGAUUGGUUUCAAAUGUUACCACAUGAGUCGGUUCAUUGUCUUACAUCUGUAAAAUUUGAUCAUGAAAGAGAAGAAGCACCAGAAUAUUAUGUUGUCGGAACUUCAUUUGCUUUUCCAAAUGAAACCGAAUCGUUAAGAGGUAGAAUUUUGAUAUUCCAUGUGGAUAAAGUUGAUCACGCACCUAAAUUAAAAUUAGUUCAUGACAAGGAAAUGAGGGGUGCAGUUUUCACAUGUGCGCCAUUUAACGGCAAAUUAUUGGUCGGUGUAAACUCAACGGUGAUCGUUUUGGAAUGGAAUCCCGAAGAAGGGAAAGAAAUGUUGACGGAAGUUUGCAAUUAUGUUAAUUUUACAAUGGCGUUGCAUGUUGUCGCACGAGGUCAUUUCGUAGUAGUCGGCGACUUACUGCGAUCAGUUUCUUUGUUAGCAUACAAAGAAUUGGAAAAAGGCGAAAAGGUUUUAGAAUUAAUAGCUAACGAUUAUAAUCAAAAUUGGUUAUCGGCAGUCGAAGCUCUUGAUGAUGAUGAAUUUAUAGCUGCUGAUACAGAUCACAAUCUUUUUACACUCAAGAGGAAUUCAGAUUCAACAGAUGAGGAUGAACGAAGAAAAUUGGAAGAAGUGGGGGCAUUUCAUUUGGGUGACCUAAUAAAUCGGAUACGACAUGGAUCCUUGGCCAUGAAUAAUCCUGAUUUUGAACCAAUCGCUUCAAAAACUUUGUUAUUUGGUACAGUUUCCGGCGCCAUUGGCGUCAUCGCAACCAUAUCAGAAGAUAGGUUUAAAUUUUUACAAAAGUUGGAACAUUGUAUAGACAAGACCGUUGGCCCUAUUGGUGGACUAACUCAUUCCGAUUGGCGAAUUUUUCAGAAUGAAUAUCGAUCACGUGAAGUGCGAGAUUUCAUUGAUGGAGACUUAAUAGAAUCCUUCCUAGAUUUACCUCGAAAAGAUAUGGCGGAAAUUGCUGGAACGUUAG